CGUGCCACCCCUUAAAGUGGGAAGUCCAUGUUGCUUUUUAAAUUGACUAACCAUGUUUCAAUGUUUCACAUAAAAUUACGUUUGUAUUUCGUGAAGGUUCCUACAUAAAUAGUGGCUAUAACUUUACUCUUUUAAUAUUUAUGUUUAUUAAUAUGUAUAAGUUUUGAAACAGUAGAUAAAAUAACUAUGCGAAAAAAAUGACGCUAUGAUAUGGUGUAAUUUAGAGAAGAAUUAAGACAAUAUUGCUUUUUAUAUUAUAUGUUACAACAACUUAUUAUUAAAUAUGACUUAAGUGAAAAAAGAUAUAAUUGUCAAAAUGGAAGUGUGGUGGAUUUCUCGAGUAAUAGCUCAUCAUCCUUAUACCAUUCUAAUGACAAUACUUAUUUUUUCUUCAACAUGCUUGAUUGUUCCCUUAGCUAUUAAAAAGUUUCCAGAUUUCUCUGAUCCUCAAUUAGGUUUUGAAGCAAGAGGAACAAUAUUAGCUCAACGGCUUAUUGCUUGGCAAAACUUAUUGGAAUCAAAUAAGCCAAGCGGACAGCUAAUUGAUAAUCCUUUGGAACAUUACCAUCAUAUGCAACAGAACUUAAUUGUCAGAAGAAAAUCUAAGAAUAAGAAAAAAGGAAGGAAGAAAUAUCAGAAACAAAUAAUUAAUACAAAAGAAGAAAUAGAUAAAGUUGAAAUUAAAGAUAAAUGGGAAGAAUUAAUAGAAUUAAAAAAUAAAAAUAAAAGCCAAGAUUAUAUUGAAAAUGAGAAUUUCUUUUGUAAUUUACCAUUACCUGGUUAUGCACGUGUGGUUAUUGGUAAAAAUUCUAAAGAUGCAAACUUAUGGUCAAUGGAAGGAAUAUUAGCACAAUGUUAUAUUGAUGCAGAAUUGAGAUCAAAUACACAUUUUCCUUCCUUAUGUCAAACGCAAAUAGAACAUAAUAAUAUAGGACAAAAGUGUUGCAGAAGUUGGUCACCAGCGAAUUAUGUUGCAUUUUUAUCUAAUCGAAGUUCUUGUUUAGGUGUAACAGAAAAUGAUCUUAGUCGUGUAGAAACUCUUUUGAAAAGAUGUGUUUAUUAUUAUCAAAAUGGUCAUUUGACAUCAAAUUGUGAAGAAGACUUAAAUUGUCAAAAACAUGUUCCAAGUGAAUGCUACACACACAAUGCAGCUUAUCAUUUGCUGCAUUACUUAUUAGAUAUUGAUUUUAUUUCAAAUCAUAAGCAAGAUUCUCAAAAUAAACUAAACUCAACAUUGAAAUAUGCAAUGUUGUUUUUGCCAAUUGCUACAAGCUCAGCAACUCUAGAUUUUUAUAAAGGACUGAGUACUAGUGAUUUAUCUUAUGGAAAAUUUUGUGUGAAGGGAAUGCAAUUGGGUCUAAAAAGAAUAGGAGCGGAUGAUGCGUUCAUAUAUUGCAAAAUUUGGCAGAGAGGAAAGGAACAAAAAAUAUCAAAUAAUGGAUUGGUCAAAUUGGUACAAGAAACAAUGAAACAUGCUGUUCCGUCUAUGUUUGUUACGUCUUUAACUACCGCAGUAGCAUUCUUUGCAUCAGUUGUUAGUAAUGUUACUGCUAUAAAUUGCUUCAGUCUAUUUUCAGGAAUAACUGUUAUUGCAAAUUUCUUCUUAAUGAUUACCUGGCUACCAGCAUGUGUUGUAGUGUCAGAACGAUUCAAAUUAGGCUUUUUAUCGCCUGCAAAUUUUAUAACACGAAAAAUUAUUCGACCUUUACGACUAUUUGGAGAUAAAGUAACAAUUUGUUUUAAUACUAUUCUUGCGAGGAUAGUUAUUAAUUUUCGAUGGUGCUGGUUGUUAAGUUUGGGUAUCAUAGCAAUACUAUGUUGCAUCAUUGUUUUCCACUACCCUGGUUUACAAUUACCAGAUACUGCUGAUUUCCAAUUAUUUGAUAGUUCUCAUCCAUUUGAAAAAUAUGAUUUAGUAUAUUCUCGAAAAUUUUGGUUUGAGAAACAGGGAACAAUGGAUAAUGGAGAUACGUUACCAUUAAGAUUUGUAUGGGGCAUUAAACCAGUCGAUAACGGCAAUUAUUUGGAUCCUGGUUUAAUUGGUACACCCGAAUGGGAUGAAUCUUUUGAUGUAUCUCAUCCAGAAUCGCAACUAUGGCUUGAAAAAUUUUGUCGUGAUUUACGAGCACAACCUUUCUAUCGUAAUACUUUAGGACCUUUACUUCCUAACUGUUUUAUCGAAUCAUUACAUAAUUGGAUGCAAAGACGUUGUGAAGAUCCUAUUGAUUCACGCAUUAACUAUACACCAUGUUGUGAAAAAAGUAAAUUUCCAUAUAAUGCUAGCACUUUAGAACGAUGUGCAGUUGAAGCUAAUGCAAAACUAUAUAGUACUCCAUCAUAUUUGUGGGUUCGUAAUGGCGUUUCUGCUGGAUUAAAAUUUUUAAACGAGCCAAGUCUUAAACAAUUACGAGUAUCGAAUGAAACAAAUUCUGUAACAAUGCCAACGCCUAAAAUUAAAGCUUUAGUAGUCGAGUAUGAUAGCAUUUAUAAUUACAGUCUCUCAUUUUCAAAUAUGGAUCAUUUUUUCCAUCAGGUUGAAACAUGGAUGCAAAAUCAGUUAAAAAAUGCUCCGUUAGGAAUGCGUGGUGGUUGGUUCGUUAGUAGAUUAGAAUUUUAUGAAUUACAACGAACAUUGUAUGAAGGAACGCUUUGGGCAAUGGGCGUUUCAUUGAUUCUAGCUCUUAUAGUGUUGGUUUUUGUAACGUUUAAUCCCCUUAUCAGCUUGUAUGCAAUUGUAACAAUCGGUGGAGCAAUUAUAGUAACAAUUGCUGGUUUGAUACUUCUUGAUUGGAAAUUAAAUGUUUUAGAAAGUGUUGCGGUGUCUACAGCAAUAGGUUUAACUGUAGAUUUCAGUUUACAUUACGUAGUAAGUUACAAAGCAUCUACUUCUAAGGAGAGAAAAGAUAAAGUAAAAACAGCUCUUGCACAAAUGGCUGGUCCAACUUUAAUGGCUUCUCUCACAAGCGGUGCGGCUGGUGCUCUUAUGUUACCUUCAUGUGUAUUGGCAUAUAUUCAAAUUGGUAUUUUUUUGUUACUCGUAAUGAGUAUAAGUUGGAUAUAUGCUACAUUCUUUUUGUGUCCAAUAUUAGCAAUAAUAGGUCCGUCAUCUCAAUUUGCUCAGUUUCAAUAUCCCAGAUUAAAUCUAUUAUGGAAUUAUCUCCGCAAAAACAAGUCUGGAAAUGUGCCUGAGUCAAGUACAGAUAAUAGUAGGGCUAGAAGAAAGAUUAAAGGAAGGGGAAUGUGGUCAGAAUCUACUUUAAGUACAUCUAGUACAGUAUGUCAAUUCCACUGUAAUGAAAUAGAAAGUUUCACAAGACCACCUCCAUCGCCAUCAUUACCUCCAUCUCCAUCAUCAGCAUUACUUCAAGCCGAUCAUAACAUUGGCGGUCUUGGAACCAGCCGAUGGUUGGAAGCGCUUUGGGAACCAGCAGCCCGAUUAUACACUUUACCAAAUGCACUUGACAUGCUUGAUGUGAGCGGUGACGGAGAUGCUAGAUUAGUCUGUGCCGACUUAGGGACUCUCAAUGUCAAUUCGCCUAAAAUACGAGUUUACAAAGGAGGCGACCAGAUAACAGAACACAACAUGGUAGAUCCACCCUGUGGAGUGGUUGGUUUUUACACAGAGAAUGGAGAAUCUCAGUCGUCCGUUUUAGCAGUGGGUGUUGGUUCUAGUGUCUACAUCUUUAAAAAUAUGAGACCGUAUUUUAAAUACUGUUUGCCGCAUAUUGACGUGCAUCCAAAGGAACGAGAGAUUUGGCACAAAGCUGGAUUGGACGAAGAAUUGAAUGUAUUAACACUAGCUGAUGAACUAGAUUUAUUGUUAAAGGAACUUGGAGCGGGAUUCAUCUCGCCGCGAACAUUGAAAUUUCUAUCCAUGGAUCCGAAUUUGAGAGCUAGCUUCGCGGAACAAUACAAAAGAAUCCCACUGGUUAAAAGUAACGCUUUAACCGCGAUUUCAGUGAUUCGAAGGGAUUCGUGGAACGAUCCAGCGUGUAGUUGUCUCGUGCUGGGCACGGAAUUCGGAGAAGUACUUAUUUUAGAUCCACGAACAUUUUCUGUCAUGGAUAAACAUUUAUUGGAAUGGCCGCCAGUUGCUUUUGCGUGUACAGGUUUAUGGACCGGCGAUGGAAAAGUAUUAAUUGUUGGAAGAGAUGGUAAAAUAGGAGUGAUAAAAAGAGGAAGUCCCGUGAAACUUUGGGAAAAAUUACCAUCGCCUGCUGUAGCUGUUUCGCCCCUGAAUAAUGAAGGCAUUGCCGUUACUACCAUGGAUGGUACUUUGACCGGUUUUUCCAGUAAGGGAAUUAAAAUUUGGCAUGUUCGUGUCCCCGGUGCGAUUUUGGACUCGGUAAGUUUACCAGUUCCACAAAUUGGACUUUCUUUGCUCGCUGUGAGUACAGCUGGUUAUGGUAUUCGCGUGUACGAUGCAAAACAUCACGUGGACACGUUAAAAAUUAUGGAACCAGUUUCUGCGAUGAAGUACGGUAAAAUGGGCCAAGAAGAACGUACGAUGGCAAUGGUCACCGUGGGAGGCGGACUCUGUGUAAAAAUUCUAAAACGGACCGCAGACUUCAGUAUUCACAAUGCAAUGUCUAAUCUACCCUUAAAUGAUGGCUCUAAAUUUUUAGUACCAAAGAAAACACGACUGUUUGUUGAGCAAACGAUACGAGAAAGAUCGGAAGCGAAGAAGAUCCAUUCUACUUUUCAGCAAGGUCUUCUCCGACUGAGGUUGAUGGUGGCCAAAAAAGUAAUGGAAACCCUGAACGACAGUCAAGGUGCGGGACCACAUCCGCUUACCAUGGAAGCUACUGUUUUAGGAUUGGGACCGAAUUACCAGAUUCGUAUUUUAUUGACGAAUAUAUCGGAUGAAUUGUCCGAUACGGAUUUGUAUAUCGUUUGCAGAACCGAGAAUACGAAUGUGAAACCACGGGUGAUGGAUGUAUCUCUGUUACCGAGCGGUAUUCCGAUUCCUAUAGUCCUCAAUGCGAUUUUGAAGGGUAGAAUAUCGGGAAGAGUGGAGAUCUUAUUGUGUAAAAAAUCGAAAACGAAGCCAGUAGCUGUGACGGCGGUAGUUCUACCUGCGGCUGAAGAAGAUAUCGAAAUUUAA